AAGUGUGACGUAGUUUAAGGGGCAGGGAGUGUAGCAGUGUAUACAAGUCUCGGCUCCCAUUCAUGCACAGUGAACAGUAGACCUCGCCCACAGCCAAGUCGUGUUACAUCCUCGUCAAAACAGAAGCUUCUGCUGUCUGUCAGGCAAAACAGAAAGUGUCGUGACACUGUGCAGCAGUAGCCACCAUGGCAGAAGCACAUCAGGCGGUGGCCUUCCAGUUCACAGUCUCCCCUGAUGGCAUCGAUCUCCAUCUGUGCCACGAGGCCCUACGUCAGGUGUACCUCUCAGGCCUCCACUCCUGGAAGAAGAGGUUUGUUCGCUUCAAGAAUGGGGUAAUGACUGGUGUUUACCCAGGAAGCCCUGCCGGGUUCAUGGUAGUGGUUGUGUCCUACAUGUCCUACAACAAAUAUAAACAGCUGGAUCCUUCGUUGGGGUGGAUCACCAAGCUGGGGCAGCACAUACCCAUCAGUCGAUACAUUUCCACAGACAACCAGAAAAUAGUUGGAGGAAUUCUGGUGGGCACAGGCCUAUGGGUCACCAUAAUCAUGAUUAUGAGGAAUGUCCUCAAGUGUUUGCUGUCAUGGCACGGCUGGAUGGGGGAACGCCACGGAUCGGUGUCCCGGACUUCACGUGUUUGGAUGUUGUUAGUGAGGCUGUUCUCUGGAAGGAAGCCAAUGCUUUACAGUUUCCAGAACUCAUUGCCACGGCUACCUGUCCCCUCAGUCAAGGACACCUGCAAUAGGUACCUGGAGUCAGUGCGUCCACUGAUGGAUGAUGAUAAGUAUCAGCGGAUGGAGGGAUUGGCUAAAGACUUCGAGAAGAACUUGGGACCCAGGCUGCAGUGGUACCUCAAACUCAAAUCCUGGUGGGCCUCAAACUAUGUCAGCGACUGGUGGGAGGAAUACAUUUACCUUAGAGGCCGUGCACCCAUCAUGGUUAACAGCAACUAUUAUGCCAUGGACUUCCUGUACGUGUUCCCUACCUCCAUCCAGGCUGCGAGGGCAGGGAAUACCAUCCAUGCCAUCAUGCUCUACAGGAGAAAACUGGACAGAGCCCAGAUAAAACCAAUAUACUUGCUGGCGAACAAGGUUCCUCUGUGUUCGGCUCAAUGGGAGCGGAUGUUUAACACCACCCGCAUCCCCGGUGUGGAGACAGAUUCUAUUCAGCACGUGAAUGAGAGCAAACACAUAGCUGUGUACCACAAGGGCCGUUUCUUCAAGGUGUGGAUGUUUUAUGACGGGCGGCUCCUGUUGCCCCGGGAGAUAGAGCAGCAGAUGGAGAGGAUCCUGGCAGACGAGUCUGAGCCCUUACCAGGAGAGGAGCAACUAGCUGCACUUACUGCAGGCGACAGGACUCCAUGGGCGAAGGCACGUGAGACUUAUUUCAGCCGUGGUAAGAACAAACAGUCCCUGGACGCCAUAGAGAAGGCAGCCUUCUUCGUAACCCUCGAUGACUCUGAGCAGCUUUAUGACAGCAACAACCCAGUCAAAUCCCUGGACUGCUUUGCAAAGUCCUUGCUCCACGGAAAGUGCUACGACAGGUGGUUUGACAAAUCGUUUAACAUGAUCCUUUUCAAGAAUGGCACCAUGGGACUGAACGCAGAGCAUUCCUGGGCAGAUGCUCCCAUCAUUGGCCAUCUGUGGGAACACGUGCUCUCCAUGGACCCUAAGCUGGGAUACACUGAGGAGGGUCACUGUGUUGGAAAGCCUCACCCCAACCUGCCAGGUCCUAUGAGGCUGCAGUGGGAGAUCCCUACUGAGUGCCAGGAGACCAUCCAGAGCUCCCUGACAGUAGCUAGGGCUCUGGCAGACGAUGUGGACUGCCACAGCUUCCCUUUCACUGUAUUUGGUAAGGGACUGAUUAAGAAGUGCCGCACCAGUCCUGAUGCCUUCAUCCAGAUCGCCCUGCAGCUGGCCCAUUACAGGGACAAAGGGAAGUUCUGCCUGACAUAUGAAGCCUCCAUGACACGUUUGUUCCGUGAGGGUCGAACAGAAACUGUACGCUCUUGCACCACGGAGAGCUGCGCCUUCGUUCGCUCCAUGAUCAGAGACGAGACGAGAGAAGAGCGCCUCAAGUUGCUCAAACAGGCCGCAGAGAAACACCAAAGCAUGUAUCGUCUGGCUAUGACAGGAGAUGGAAUUGACCGCCACCUUUUCUGUCUCUACGUGGUUUCCAAAUACCUGGGAGAAGACUCUGCCUUCCUAAAGGAGGUCCUGUCUGAGCCGUGGAGGCUGUCCACCAGUCAGACCCCAAUGCAGCAGCUGGAGCUGUUUGACCUGGUCAGACACCCAGAAUACGCUUCUUCAGGAGGUGGAUUUGGUCCAGUGGCGGAUGAUGGUUAUGGUGUCUCCUACAUCAUUGUUGGUGAGAAUCUCAUCAACUUCCACAUCUCCAGCAAAUUCUCCAGCCCUGAAACUGACUCUCAUCGAUUUGGUGACAACAUCAGACAGGCCAUGCUGGACAUCCUGGAUCUAUUCCAGCUUGACAAUAAAGCCAAGAAAUAAAGCCCCCCCCCAACUGGUGCAAAUCCACAAGUAGUUUUUAGCAAAACCUAUAUUCUUCAUUAUGCUUGUACAUAAUCAUCUGUUGGCUUUUGGGCUUAAUUUUAAGUUAAUUGAUGUUCCAUACAAUAAAUAAGGGUAAUUGGGAGGUUAUUGUUUUACGUGUACUGUAUGUAUACACAAGGUUGAGAUUAUGGUGUCAUUGGGGUUCAGCUGGUGUACAGAUCAAAGUUUUUAUUCAGUCGAGUGCAUGUGUUGUAGUAAAUCUCUGAUGUUAUAAAGGUCACAAAGGGAGGAGUCGAGUGGCGACAAUUUGGCUUAAAACUUCAGUCACAUCACAUCUAUUUGUUUUUGGGUCCGUCUCGUUGGCCUCAGUUGCAGCACUUGAGUGGUGUGUAACUUGCCAAAGCAGCUUAAUGUGAAAUGUCAACAUGCAUGUUGCGGGGGGUCGACUGUGGCAGAGAAGUCAUCUGUUGCAGCUGCCUAAACCCGGGGUCUCCACCGGACUUUUAACUAAUAACUACUGCCACGCGUGUGUUCGUUUUAGCUGCUAUGAUUUCACAGUGUAGCGACAAAGGCUGUUUGUGUGUGUUGCCUGUUCGUACUCAGGUUUUGCUAACUUGGCCUAGUAUUGUAUUGUGCUGGAUUAGCACGUGUGCAGCUAUAGAAGACCUUGAGGUGCCGGCAAUAACUGUCCUGCUGAAGUUCUAUAUUAGGUUUUUACCUUUUUGGAGUGAAUAAUUACCAGGACGGGACGUGAGAUUGGGGUGAGUUGAGCAGUGGUUUGUUCUGUGUUGUGCACUAUAAUUGGACCUUUAGUUCAAACUGACCAGUUCCUAACUACCUUGUAGACUUGUCUAACUGUCGAGUUUGGGACGUAGAGAUGAAGUGCAGAAGCACCUACUGGGUUGUGUCUCCAUUACAGUAAAGAGUCAUUUCUUAGGAAGGGCAGAAUGGUAGGAAUGCAUUUUUAUGUCUGUCAGUCAAUCCUUAUUUAUAUAAUGUUUCAUAUUUUAACCUGUACAUUCGCAAAAGUUGAAAGCACCCACGUCAAAUCUCUGCACUGUAACGGACAAAAUACUUCCCUUGUUUUGUUUUUUUUUUUCUUCUUCUUUUGACAUGAACUUUUUGUUAUCACAGACUUUGCCAGUAUGUUGUAGUCCUGUGACAUUUUAUCUCGGUAAACUUUGAGUUUAUACUGCUGCAUGGAUCUUGAAGAUGAAGCUGUAUAUGUUUGCCUUUUAAUUUAAAGAUGUGUAAAAAGGCAUGCAGCUUGUAUACCAAAAGAAGUUUUAACAAUAAAGUGAAUGUCACACAGCC